AUGACAGUCUUUGCCAAACCUUUACAAGACGGCAAGUACAUCUACAAGCACAUCUACAAGCAUCAAAUUAUUUUUCUUCAAUGUGUAGAGCGCCACCAUGUGUUGACCUACUUGGAGGAUGCAGUGACCCAGCUGCUUGAGUUCAAGGAAGAUCAACCCAAGGCAGAUCCGGCCAUCUUCCUACAGGAAUAUUUCGUCAGUGUAAUGAAAGGCACCCACGUCCUGUAUAGGGAGUAUGAAUUUGUUCGCUGCACACCACACAGCAGAUCUUCCUUCAUUAAGUUAUUCUGGAGAUGCUUCAAGUACAUCGGCAAGCAAGGAGAUUUACUGACAGUGAGUGAAUACCACUCCUUGCUUAGUCUACUCUGUCCAGACUUUCCUGUUGACCCUGUUCAUCGUACAGCUAGGAUCAUCUUCUUAGAGGAUGCCAUGGACUCCUUGACAUCGUUUGCAGACUUCCUAUUUGCAUUCCAAGUCCAGUUCUACUAUGAUGAAUUCCUUCAAAGGUGUCUGGACAUCUACGAACGUCAGAUCUCGUCUGCCCAGAGUCCACGAGAGACUGUCUACAUUCCCAGCGAGGUAUCACCACGGCAACAGAAGAAACCUUCACAGUCCUCCGCUGAGAAUCCACCGCCAGACGGAGUAGACACCAGGUACUUCCUGGAUGCGAUCUCAAAGGAAUGCCAGAGGGCUAAGUACAGCUUUCCAGGGUUAUCUGACCUACGAGGAGUCCUUGCCUCCAGCAGCCGAACAUCUUUCUACGGUUUCCUAGUGGCACUCUCCAAGGAUGACGCUAUCAACGCAGGGAUUGGUGUGCUGCCCUCUAGGUCUGCAUUGUAUGAUGAACCGUCUAAUACCCCACCACCUGCUGAAAGGAAAAGCAAACGGAGUACUACAACAAGACUUGGAGGAGCUUCCCUGAGACAAGAUGAGAAGUGAUGAGGAUCCUCUUCAAAGGAUUAUAUCUAGCAAAAGAUCCACCGAAGCAGCUCUGUUUUCAUGAUGCCAACAAAAGCCUUGAGAGCAGAGAUGUUCGUUCCCUUGAUGUGUGGUAAGGUAGCGAGAUCAAAGACAAGAUUCUUUGAGGCAUUUUGUUUCCGAUGCCAGACGAGCUUCAAGAGGUGCAGGACGAUCUUGGGACUGGAUGGGAAGCAGCAUCCAUGUUCAGCAAACAGGGUUAGGCUCGGUCCUUCUGAGAGAGACCCAGGUUAGUUUGUAAGUGCCGCUUGUUGCAGGAGCGUCAGUCUGCAAUGAUGGCAAUCACAUGUUUUUGUGUUUAGUAUUACCUCACCAUGUUGAUGACUGUCCCACAGAUUUCUUUUGGUCUACUUAUAAAAAUAAUUACCAAAACCAUAUUAAAUAUUUUUUUUGUAAGCACAUCUGUCUGCAAUGAUGGCAAUCAUUUGUUUUGUUAAAUAGUAUAACCUCACCAAGUUUUGCCACAGAUUUCUCUUGCUUUGGUUUACCUACAAAUAUUUGAACCAAAACCAUACCUUUUAAAUUUGGUUCUUUUUGUAAAGCAUCUUGGUGUGCAAUGAUCGCAGUUACUUAUUUUGCCGUG